AUGCAGAAUUUGUUGCUAUUUGUGGAUUCCUACCAAGAAGAUAGGGAUAAGUUUUUGGUCGAGGGCUGGAAGAAUAGAUUGCAAGAAACAUCCGAGCAAUUCCAGUCUGUUCGCCUGAAGUUGGAGUUAAUUGACGAGGAUGAAGAUGAUGAGGAACGUGAAGCAGCGAAUCGUAAGAUCCGCGAUAAUUUCGAGAAAGGUUACGUGAAAGUUCUUGGCUUUCUGGCAGCUGCUGAGCGAAGGGCAAAUCCGCCAUUCCAUUCGGUCGUUCAAGCUGUGGCUUCUGGUUCCGGAAACCCAAACUCUGUCCAAUCCAGAAUCAAGUUACCUGAGGUCAAACUUCCUUCAAACUCACGCUCACAGAAACCAAAGAUUAGCAACAUCAAUGCUGUCGUUACCGCUCGAUCGAAGCCAUGUCCGUUCUGCAAGCAAGAAUCGCACUCCGUCUUCAAAUGUCACGUAUUCCGCAACGCGUCAGUAGCAGAAAGGUAUGAGCUAGUGAAGAAGAAAGGACUUUGCCUCAGCUGUCUCUCGCUUGAUCACCAGAUAAAAAACUGUUCUUCCACUGCAUGUCGUGUUUGUGGGCAAAGGCACCACACAAUGCUACACCAGCAAGCAAACAAUCGCUAUCCCAACCAAUCGCAAGCUCCGAAACAAAUCCACAGUCCACCCAAUUCCGAACAAACUCAAUCACAGAACGCUAGAAGUCUUCAAAACACUUCAAACCCGCCUCCAUCGCCAGCCACUCCAGUAGUCUCACUUCCCGCCGCAACCCCGUCGCUCAGCCACUGUUCCACCUCCUUGGUCGCCAACAUUCGGAAGAUCCCGUCAACGGUGCUACUGCAAACAGCUCUACUCAAGGUCGUUGAUUCUAGCGGUUACGUACUGUGGGCCAGAGCUCUUCUAGACCCGGCCUCACAGCUGAAUGUUAUCUCCGAACGGUUGGUUCAGCGAUUACAUACACGGAAGACCAAGGACCACCAUAGUAUCGGGGGCAUAGGAGGUUCCAUAACAACAGCAAACCAUUCCGUCUUCCUCAGAAUUCACUCCCACUGCACUGAUUUCAGUGCAGAUUUGAAGUUUUUCGUCCUGAGUGAAAUAACUCGUGAUCUGCCUUCUAAAAACGUCGAUCUUUCCACAUGGGAAUGGCCAUCCGAUUUAGUACUCGCCGAUCCUAAAUUCCACGAGCCAGCCUCCGUAGAUAUGAUCAUCGGAAUGGAAGUGUACUACGAUCUACUUCUGGAAGGUUUCGUUAAGCUUGGCCAAGGACAGCCUGUGCUCCAGAAUACCACUCUGGGUUGGGUUGUUUCCGGUAGAGUUGGUCUACGCCAACCUCCAAAUCCAAUCACCACCGGCCAUGUUUGUAGUACGCUUUCAUUAGAGGAUUCCAUUUCAAGAUUUUGGGAGAUAGAGUCGUGUCAAUCUUCAAGUACGUUGUCCAUAGAGGAGACAGCUUGCGAAGAACAUUUUGCUGCAACCACCACCAGAGACAAAACUGGUCGUUUCGUAGUAGCGUUGCCGAAGAAGCCAGAAGUUUUGAGUCAGCUUGGAAGGUCCUACGAGGUAGCCAAGCGUCGUCUGCUAUGGCUGAGUCGCCGUCUCGAAGCGAACCCGGCUCUUAAGUCAGCCUACUCGAAAUUCAUCAAGGAGUAUUUGGAUCUAGGCCACAUGGAGGAAGUUCCUUUUGAUAUGUCGAGGUCAUCAGCAGCCUACUUCCUUCCGCAUCAUUGCGUAGUUCGUCCGGAUAGCAUUACGACCAAACUCCGGGUCGUUUUUGAUGCGUCUUGCGUCACAGAUACCGGGAUAUCCCUAAAUGACGCCUUGAUGGUGGGGCCAGUGGUUCAGGAGGACCUAGUUUGCAUUACUAUGCGUUUCCGAAUGCCGAAGUUUGCCAUCAUCUCCGACAUUGAAAAAAUGUACCGGCAAAUUUGGAUGGAUACAGUUGACCGCCCCCUCCAGCAGAUCCUGUGGCAAGACAAGCCUGGUGACCCGGUUAGAAUAUUCCAACUCAAGACAGUGACAUACGGGACAUCUUCUGCACCAUAUCUGGCCACAAAAUGCCUCCAGGAGUUGGCCAAACAAGGGCAAUCAUCGCAUCCAGCCGCUGCAGUAGUUCUUGCAAAUGAUUUCUACAUGGACGAUAUGAUAAGCGGAGUCCACAAUGUUGACGAGGGGAAGGUCUUAUGCGCCCAACUCCUUGAGCUGCUGCAUUCAGCCGGGCUCAGUCUUCGUAAAUGGUCGUCGAAUUCUCCCGAAAUUCUGGAAAGUAUUCCAUUCGACCUCCGAGACGUACGUUCCGUACUCGAUCUUGAUUCUUCCGCCUCUGUCAAAACCCUAGGCCUAAAAUGGACACCCUCAACGGACGAGCUAGGAUUUCAUGUACCUAAGUGGAAUGAAGGGUGUGUCGUCACAAAACGCAUAGCGCUUUCAGAUUCCGCUCGUCUAUACGAUCCCCUAGGGCUCGUGGGUCCUGUCAUCGUACUCGCUAAGUGUUUCAUGCAGGAGCUUUGGGAGUACAAAAAGUCUUGGGAUGAACCAUUAGAAGACGAUCUCCGAAAUCGUUGGCUCCAGUUUAGGAGUGAACUAGCUUCAGAACCUUCGUACGAGAAUGUACCAACUAACCGACUUGAUCGGUACCAGCAUACACAAGAAUUUGUCCGGCACAUUUGGAUGCGUUGGAGUACAGACUACCUCUCUGGACUUCACCCCCGCACGAAAUGGACUCGUUUGCGGGAUAAUAUCAGCAUCGGCACAAUGGUGCUAUUAAAAGACGAUAAUCUUCCGCCGCUAAAGUGGCACUACGGUCGUGUUACCCAAAUUUUUCGUGGUGACGAUGGAAAUGUUCGGGUAGUCUCUGUCCGAACCAAAGAUGGCGAAUACCGCCGCGCUAUAUCCAAGAUUUGCGUGCUACCAGUAUCGCAACCAGCUCCCGCUGGUAACAACGAUCUACUCGAAGAGAUGUAG